AGCCCAUUUCACAACUUAUCAUCGGAAUCGCUGCGCCCGCCACUCGAUGGACUCACUGCCGAACUCUACAAAGUCGUUUUCGGUCUGCUACUGCUGCUGCUUUUUCUCUUGUUUUUUGAUAAAUUUGUCCAAGAUGCUGUGUAUUCAUCGUUUAUGCGUGCGCACAAAUGCUAUGAUCUGAUACCGACAAGUACAAAAUUGGUGGUCUUCGACACCGAAUUAGCGGUCGGUGCAAAGCUUUCGCCGUUAUGGGACAGCAAGAAGCAAGAAUUCGUGGGCAUGCUCACAAUCACCGAUUUCAUCCAAAUACUGCACAAAUAUUACGAAAAGAAUGGCUCUAAAAAUGAGGGCAUAAAGGGACUUGAAGAGCACAAAAUAGCCACCUGGCGUGAAGAACUGCAGCAUGAUGGGCAUCUGAAGCCAUUUGCAUUUAUUCGACCCACUGACAGCCUGUACAGUGCAGUGCAGAUGUUGUGCAAGGAGAAGGUGCAUCGCCUGCCAGUCGUGGAAGAGUGCUCCGGCAAUAUUGCAUUUAUCCUCACACACAAAAGACUGAUCAAAUUCCUGUACCUUUACAUGAUGGAUCUGCCUCGUCCAGCAUUCAUGAACAAAACACCACGUGAACUGGGCAUUGGCACUUGGGAGAAU